AUGGCUGAUUCGCCUGGGAUGAUCCAUCACCAGGUGACCGACAUCUACUCAGAGCUAUGGAAUUUUGGCUUCAUCGUCGAUCACAUGAUCUGUUUACGAACCCUCACUGCAUUACGAAUGAGGCUCACAUACGUGUGGAUACAGAUUUUCUCUCGAUUUGAAAUGAUAGAUGUGCUUCAACUGAUUAUGCGAAUUCUCUCCGCAUUUUUCGCUGUUCUUUUCACGUUCAUCAAUCCGUGCAUGCUCUACAAAGUCGUUUCCGAACUGGAAUCCUCUUUCUCCCAUAACCUACCCGAGAAGAUACGAUCGCGAUUCCUGGAAAUCAUCUGCACCUAUUUCAUCGAUAACAAUCUCGCCUCAAAGCUUCGUCUAGUCGUCUAUAUGUCAGUGCUCCUUUUCACUUUGCUACAUCUGAUUGCGACUAGCCUCUGCCUCUAUGGUCAUUACUCUUGCCGACCUGCAUUCUUUCGACCAUUUCUAGUUGAUGCAGCUUUGAGCUUUGUAAGUGUUUACUGUUAUAGAUCUUCAUUUGUCACUUGUGUUGAAGAAAACAUAUUGGUACGCAUUUCAAGACAGUUUUAG